AUGUUGGUCGCUGUCAACGAGCACCGCUCCACUCAUGGCUUAUCUCCUAUGUGUUCAAUUAAGAAACUGCACGAUUCUGACCAGCUCCAAUCGGAUGAGGUGGCUGCUGGGAAUAACUUGGGAUCCCAAAGAUCCACCGUAUCGACCAGAGACGAGGAGGAUGUGAUGGUGUCGUCGAUCGACUCUCCGGGGCAUCUCGUCAUCAUCAUGGGCGAGGAUACGAUGUUUGCGCCAGAAUACACUUGCGGAAUGGACAUCGAGGAUCAGCACUUUUGGACACGGGAUUUCGCCAAUUCUACUGAGAGUGUGGGGCAAGUGCAGACUGAUCAAGAGCCCGAGGGUUCCGUGGUUCCUGUCUCGAUGUAUUCGACGCCUGAGGCGGUUGUUACAUCGGUGCUUGAUUGCCACCACAACUUCCAAUUGGAAAGCAACUCAUUUUCAUCGAUGGACUCAAAUGAUCCAUUUCAAAACACAUACAAAGCAACAAAGGUAAUUUAA